AUCAAUUUCGAUUCAAAUAAUAAAACAACGGGAGUGGAAUUUACCAAGGAUGGUCAGAACAAGACAGUGAGCGUGAAGCGCGAAGUGAUUUUGUCGGCUGGAGCCAUCGGUUCUCCCAAGCUGCUCAUGCUCUCAGGAAUCGGAAGCAAAGAUUAUUUGGAGAACCUGGGAAUCAGUGUCGUAGCCGAUGCUCCUUACGUGGGACAAAAUCUCCAAGACCACGUCGUUUUCCUCGGGUUUGUUGUAACGACGACAGACGACCUCAUUGGUCUGAAGAACAUAACGCAGAGUAUCGUGCAAUACCACCAAAAUCACACUGGACUUCUUACCAUACCCGGCUUUGAAGCGUUACUAUUUGCCCAUAGUGGUGUCGGCGAAGUGGUUAACGACUACCCUGACCUGGAGCUGGAGAUCACGGCCGUGUUUCCCACCGAAGAAAUUAAACGGUCACCUUACGUUUCUGAAGAGAUAUACAACGACUACUACAAGCCAAUGAUUGGUAAGAAUGGCUUUAUGGGCGCGCUAGCCAUGGUGCAGCCUGAGGCUCGAGGCGCCGUUUAUCUAAGAACAAACGACCCGGCCACUCCACCAGCAAUUAAUCCGAAUUUGUUCGGUACAAACACGGACCUCAACCGAUUAGUGAAUGGUACCAUGAAGCUCAAGAGUAUCUUCGACACAACUGCCAUGAAGAAAAUCGGAGCACAGCUGUGGCAGGAGAAGUUCCCACAUUGCAAACAGUUUGGCGUCUGGACCGAGGAAUACGUACGAUGCUUCAUUCAACACGCAGCAUUCCCUGGCCAACAUGUAUGCUGCACUUGUGCCAUGGGCAACUUUGAACGAUCUGUUGUUGAUGAACGACUGAGGUGA